CCUGUUCCGCCCUGUGCGCUGGGGCUGAGAGGUGCAGCUCUUCUGCAGCUCUGCACAGCUCUCAUUCCCUCUCACACAGCUCUCAUUCCCUCUCACACAGCUCUCAUUCCCUCUCACACUGCUCUCAUCCUCACACAGCUCUCAUUCCCUCUCACACUGCUCUCAUCCUCACACUGCUCUCAUCCUCCCAGCCCGGACUGCAUGAUGUCUGCAGCACCUGCUGUCUGCCUCUGCAUCCUCGCCUGCGUCCUGGCCUCCGGACAUGCAGGAAUCAUCGGGCCUUACCCUCCACCCCUGAAGACCUCCAGCCUUUCAAUGACCAAAAACAUGUGCUCUGACUGUACCAGGAUCAUAGAGCUUUUUUCAGAUAUGCUCUCCCAUCCAGAAACACAGGACCUGAUCCAAGAGACUCUCAAUGAGCUUUGUCAUCGUCUUCCAAGUGGCCCGGUUAUUAACGAGUGUUUGGAUUUUGUGAAAAAGUAUCUGCCAAUAGUCAUACAAGGAUUCACUGCAUUCACUGCACAUAAGGAGGGAGAGAUAUGCAUGGUGCUCGGACUGUGUGCUGUUCAGCCAGAACAAAAAGCUCCAGAGUUGCUCAAUGUUGGUUUGCAGGAAGCUGGAUUAGUCCGAGUGCAGCCUUCGACAGGAACCGGUCACGAGUUACAAGUCAGCCCGCAGUGCACCUUCUGCCUUUUCCUCAUCAAAAAACUGGAAGACAUGUUGCCAAAAGAGAGAACCGAAGAGACUGUGGUGAAGCUUCUGGAGAAAAUCUGUGACCACUUGCCUGAUCACUACAAAGAGGAGUGCGACAAUUUCCUGGAAAAGUACGGCAAGCAGGUCAUUGACUUCCUGCUCAGUUCUGCCACUCCGCACACUAUAUGCACGCUGCUGCAUUUGUGUCUCGGACAGGACACACCUGCUAUGGUGCCGUCUCUGCCAUCAGACUGUAAAACCUGUAAAAUCCUGAUGAUCCUGACUCAGGUUCAUCUGGGCCAGAAUGCUACUGAGACUCAGAUGACCUCGUUGCUCUGGAAGACAUGCCACUUUCACCCAAAUGCCCUUCCAGGGUGUGAGCCGUUUAUCCAGAGUCAUGUCACGGCACUAGUGAACAUUCUGAGCAAACGAGAAGAAGCUGUAAACGCAUGCCAGACAUUCUUCUGUGUGGGACAUGAAUAACACGAUGGACCUUCAAGCAAAGAACCAGUAGAUUUUUUAUUUGCUCCUCUAUUUGCUAUCUUGUGAUUUACGAUAUUAAACUCAAUUAGGCUAAAGUGAAUAUUAGCCUAACAAGAUCAGACUUCUUUUUUCACAAUAAAAAGAUACACAAUAAUGAGAACAAUCAUGUAGCCAAACCUCUAACUGUAAAAAUGGUCUUUUUCUGUAAUGGUAAUGCAAUAUAUACAGAAGACCACACUUUCGCUUUUUUUUUUUUUUUUUUUUUUUAAAUAAAUCCUGAUUACAUAAUUGACA